AUGGUUUCUACUUGGUCCACCGACAUAAGAUGGUCUAAGCUUCGUCAGUUUGAGUACGGAGAACCAAACAACCAUCUUGGAGAACUUAAAAAAUCUUUAAGCACCGCUAGCGACGAAAGCGACGACGAAUGGUUGGCUCAGCUCGAGAGAGACUACGCCACAGCGAAGCGAAAACAUCGAGCUUAUUGGACUUCUUUGGAGAGAGCAUUGGCACUUGCGGUUAUUAUCUUUAUUAUUAUUACCAUUUCUUUAGCAUUUGUACUAAUAUUUAAACAGUAUAAUGUGGCCGUGGUAUUCGGUGGCAGUGGAUACAAGACGGAAAUCUGUGAAACACCAGGGUGUGUAGCUGCGACAUACAGUAUUUUAAAUCAUCUUGACAAGAAUGUUGAUCCGUGUGACGACUUUUACAACUUUGCUUGCGGAAACUGGUUCAAGAGCAGUUUUAUUCCGGUCGGACACUCAAAAUGGACAGCUUUUCAUCGGGUUUCGGACAACAAUUUGGUAAUACUGAAGAAACUUCUUGAGAACAAACAACUCAGCUUAAAUGGAAGUUCUACGGUUUUGACGAAAGUGCAAGAUUAUUUUGCAGCUUGCAUGAAUAAAUCUGUGCUUGAAAAGAGAGGCGCAGACCCUGUCAAGAAACUUAUUCACUUUGUAGGUUCCUGGACGAUAACUAACGCCUCAGAGGUUGGACCCUGGUCACCAGAGUCGUGGAAUUUCGAACAAGCCCUGAGUAGAAUUCACAGAUUGAAGAGUAUGCCUUUGUUUUAUAUGUUUGUAUCGGCUGAUGACCGGAAUUCGAGCCAAAACAUCAUACAGGUAUGAAAUAGUGAACGUUUAUACUUCUAUAGACAAGAUUUUCCAUUAAUGACUUCGCGUCUUCAUGUCUUUCAUGCUGUGGUCUCGGCUAAUAAUUAAGUUAUUUCACGUAGGAUAGUUAUUGAUGAAAACCGAAUUGCUCUAUGAAAAUCAAUCCUUUUGGACUUGACUGACCCAAAAUGGAUUCUCGCGACUGCGGUGCUAAUGUGCAGAUCUCACGGUUUUACCUACUGUUGCCUCACAUGUGAUAAGAUUGCAGUGAAAAUAAAGUUUAACGAGGAAAACUUAUUUGGCUUAGUGAAACACAGAAUACACAUUCUGUCGCAGGAAUAGCUCCUCUAGCACAUCUUGCCUUUUCCAUUAUGUUGAGGUGGAGAAGUCAACUUUUAACUCAAACUUUUUCUACGCCUCCUUAGGUUCAGCAAGCUGGCAUAACACUAUCGGACAGAGAUUACUACUUCAGGAAUGAAUCAGAUAAGGUAAAUGUAACUUACUUUUUUGAUAUAGGAAACGGAUUGUUUACUACAAGGAAAUUAAUGUAUCUGAGCAAACGUUUAGCAGUCGAAUAUAUUGUAAACUUAUCUAUUCGGAAAUAAGGAAGAGAAUCCGUUGCCCGAGUUAUGAGGACCUAUGAGGGAACACCAUCUAACAACCGAAUAAUAACGAGGAUCAAAACGAACCAAUAGCAGCGUACCAACGUGCUACAAAUACCGACACGUACACAAUUGACCUCAUCGCCUCAUGAAGACAAGCAGUAUUGCAGUCGAAACGUCGCAAUCAACAUCAAAAAGUGACUCUAUCGUGAGACAAACGAACAAAGUUCAUUUCCUAUCCUACACCACGAUGAAAAAUAAACGCAUAUUUUAUUACAAUAUCAUUUUCGUUAUCCUGUACAGUUAAUACCUAGUACAGAACUCUGUUUUCCGAGCCGUCAACAUGAGUCUCGACUUCGAUUUCAUGUUCGGAACAAAACCUAUGAAACAUGCAGCGAACAGUAGGGAGAUUAAUUAUGUUGAUGAAACUGCUUUUCACACGAGAAAAGAAAUAGUUUUUCACUUUGAGAUUCCACUAGGUGGACGUGUGUGAAAACAGACUCCUUUCGCGAGCUGAAACUAGAAAUAACCUUAAUGGAAUCGACAUGUGUAAGCUAAAUAUUUGAUCGUCUUUCUCAUUUCCCCACUUUUCUGUUGAUGCUAACAAUGCUAAUUAUUAUUAACUCUUUUCACCCUAACAUUAGUGUUCGUUGAUUUCUCUACAUUUCCUGUGAUAAUGACAAGGGAAUUUGUUUAAAAAUCAGGAGUUUCUUAAAUUGGUAAUAAUUUCUUUUAUUCUCAUGAUCUUUUAUUCUCAUGAUCCUUAUUUUUUGAUAAUACUUAAAGAAGAAAUCUGAAGUCAGUCACUCUUAGGGUUUAAAGGGCUAACGAAAUUGAAUGAACUUGGUGUCAGUACGUUUUUUAGCCUAUAAGUAUGGGUAAUAGCAUGAAUUCGAGUGCAAUUUGGUGUUCAUAAGCACGCGUAAAUUUUUCAAAGACAAAAAAAAUUGCAGGCUAAGCCCAUAGGGCAAGAGCAAUUUGUAGUCUUUGAAAAGUUUUACAAGUGCUUAUCUCACCAAAUUGGAAGAGACAUCAUAUUAUCACUUAAUUGUUAAUAAUGUACAUGAAAAAACAUCACAGAAAGUCUAGACAGACAGAAUUUUGAAAGCGUGCGCGCGCGCUAUUUGUAAUUUGCACUUGUGUUAUAACUUUGCACUCGUGUUCCAUGAGAACGCACUCAUUUUUCAGCCAGUCAGAAGCGCGUAAUUUUUUCAUGAGCAUUAUUAGAGAAGUAAUUGCCUGUUUCCACCUGGUGAUUAUGUAGGUUGUGCAGGCGUACAAAGAGUUCAUGGUUAAGGUGGGUUCAAUCUUGGGAGGUGAAAUUAAUAGCACACGGCAUCAGAUGGAGGAGGUGUUUCAGCUUGAAAAGAAACUGGCCGAAAUUUACGAACCAAAAGAUCGACUGAGAAACAUGGAACAAAUUUAUCACAAAAUGACGGUAGCUGAACUUCAGCAGCUUGCACCCGCGGUAAGAAAACAAGUUCAGAUCCUCCGACUGCAAAAUAGUGAACCUUUUCAUCCCCGUGAAUGAUUAAAGUAAUCGUUGCUUAAUCCAUGUAAUAUCUAGCAGACUUUAUGAUAAUCAGUUCAGCGAGUGGGCAUUAUAUGUGACCAAGAGAUCAGUUUAUAAUCUCAUUGAGUAAUAACAAACCCUUAGUGAUUAAAUAUCAGCUGGAUGGGAGAAUUUCUUAUAAGAUGUUGGCCUGGAAUUAAAGGGUUAAAAUAACGUUAGGGAGAUAAAUGAAAGCAAAGAACAGUACUUGGAUGAGUUGGGAGGGUAUGAAUGCACGGUAUAGAGAUUGGUUUAGUUCCUCUUUCUGCUUCCUUCUUGUCUAAAACUUUGAAUUUGAAUUUGAUGAUCAGCAACGCAGUUAUAGGGAAAAUGGGAAGCAAAGAAAGGAGAUUUACACGUCUUGUCAAUUUCAAUCCCGUUAGUGGUCAUAUGGCUCAGUUGCUAAAUCUGAUUUAAGAGUUCCUGAUGGGCUCUUACAACCCCACCUGUGAUUCCGUCGUUAGCGAAGUUACUGCCGGCGCGGAUCGCGAUUUUUAAACAGUAUACAGCUUAUCUUUAUCGAAACAACAGAUAAAAUGGAUAGUUUAAAAAAAAAAAAAACUACGCUUGUUUGAGAUGAAUCAGUGAUAAGUUAUUUUUUUCCAUGAUCUUCAGAUUUCUUGGUUGGAUUACAUGAAUGCGAUGUUUAGCAGCCCGGUCACGCAUCAGGAGCAUGUGGUGGUUUAUACUCCAGAAUACUUGAAAAAUAUGUCGAAUCUUGUCAUCAGAACAGAUCGAAGGUAAUGAUGGUAAAUACCAGAACAAAAAUUGCAUCUAGUCUAUGUCAACCAAAGCGGGGAAAGGGCUUGCCGAGAAAGCUACUCUACACUCUAUUGUUGAUCUGGUCACACGAAAUUAUAUAUAAAUCUCCUAUGUGCGUUAAAUUACAGGAUCUUAGCAAAUUACAUGGUUUGGCAUCUCAUCAAGCCCCUGAUCGGGGAAUUGUCCAAACCGUUCCGUGAUGCUUCGCUGGAAUUGUUAAAAGUUGAGAAAGGAGUGGAGACUGGGGCUCCGCCCUGGAAGAGCUGUGUUACUAAGACUAACUCGGUCAUGGGGUUUGCCACAGGAUACUUGUACAUUAAGGAAAGAUCAGGAAAAAAUGCUAAAAAACAGGUAGAGAAUAGAUUUAAUUUCUUAACAUUUAGAUUCGUCUGUGCAACGUCGGAAAAUUUCGCGCUUACUAACAAAUUUUUUUUCUUCCCAUCCUCUGCCAUUUUUACCCAUUUAGAACGUAGAGCAAUUCUCAAUUUGGUAUCGAAACUAACUCGCGAUUGCAUUGAUUCUAGUCCUCUUCGCUUUAUGACUGGUCUAGAAAACGCGUGCCACCCUCACGGACGAGCAGUCAGAUGUAAAACUAAAAGCAACUGCAACUUAAAUUGGUCAUUCGCGUUUUCCAUGCUUCAACAGCGCUUAACUCUUUUGCUUGUUGUUACUGAGCUAUCAUGGGCUUAUUGUUAUUUUUUUUCCCUUGCUUAACCUGGCUCUUGUGACUACCUCGGUUUUUUUUCCGGAACACUCAAUCCAAAGGGGAUAGCUCAAGUCGAAUACGGGGCAUCGUGAACAGAGUGCAUCGUUUCAAACAGUUAUAGAAAUUCUUAGCAGUAAGAUGCGGAUACGACGGAAUUUUUUAUUUCCUCGUUUUAUCUUAAAUAGGCGGAGGAAAUGAUAGCUGAGAUUAAGGGAGCUUUUAAAGCAAAUUUACCCCAUGUGAAGUGGAUGGACGAAGAAACGAGAGAGAAGGCUUUAAAUAAGGUAAAGUUGGACAUGAGAGAGUUCAAGAGACUACGAGUUUAAUGUUCGAGGAAUAUUAAUUUCAGUUGAUUUUUAUUCCCUAAACUUUAAUUUGUAUUCACGUGUUUAAAAAGCUUUAAAAAAUGUUGUUGCCUAAAUUUUAUGAAGCACGAAAACUUCUGAUAAACGUUUUAUCGAAUAAAUUAUUAAGACACUCGCUUAACAGAUUGUCUCGGAGAAUCAGAUACCCAAUCCAUACGCGUCAUUUUUCUACGAGUUGCCUAUCCUGGCUGAUGAUAUGGAGCAACAUUCUAAUGAAGUGUCCGAAGUAAUCCCAAACUGUGUUGGUUUUACUUUAAUUUGUUCUUUAAUUGGUCAAGAAAACUCGCAACACUCUCUCAACCAAUAAGAUGCAAAACUAAAACCAAUCGCGACUUGGGCAGCCGCGUUUUCCCGCGCUUUAGCCAGUUUGGUUUUCUUUUUACUUUGAGUUCUCAUUAGCUCAUGGAAGUGUUUCCUUCUGACGGGCUGUUUUGAUUUCAUGUAUUUUGAUUUUUGUUUUAUUACACUUAGUUGAAAAGCUUUUUAGUGAUACUGUGUUUACUUCUUUUUCAGAUUACGGCUACUUUCGACAUGAUUGGCUACCCAAAGUGGAUAGAAGAUCCAGAAAAACUCGACGAAUACUACGAAAAUGUAAGUUUUAAUAUUGUAAGCGUGUAAAAGGAAGCUUGCGUGAUUGAGGGGUAGUAGGUUUGGCUGCAUUUGAGAUGGGAAUCGAUCAUAAUAACUGCUGAUCAACUCAACUUUUGACAAAAAUUUUUAAAUGUGUUGUUUUUGUCAGCUCACAAUAGGUCCCGAAAAAAGCUUCGAGAAUUACUUAGAAGCCAGAAGAUUUUUCCACAACAAGUCCAUGAACAGACGAGGAAAGCCUGUCGACAGACGAGAGUUAGUACAAAUAUUUUUAUUGUUCCAACUUUCAUAUCAUCACGAGAGCGGUUUUUAGCAGUGUCGAAAAAGUGAAACCAAAGUAUCACGGAACAGAUAGUGAGUAGCGUGCCCAUCAGAUUGUAACAUUUUUGAUAGAAUACUAACUUGUAAUAUUAUGGGUGUACAUGUUAUUGUUUUUGUCAGAUGGCAUAUGACUCCUGCUGACGUCAACGCCUACUAUAACUCGCCAAACAAUUACAUAGGUUAGAAAUCUUAAAAUUUACUCUUCGCCUUAUAACGUUUCCCUCGUUUUAGCAAAUGUUUUUAUAAUUUGGUCGUUAAUUACUGGUUAUGUCAUUUUCCUUAACAGCAUUCCCGUCAGGAAUUCUUCAACCUCCUUUCUUUGAUCCGCAAUUUCCGCAGUAAGUUAUGUAGAUCUUAUAACACAACAUUUUGACUUUUAAACGAAAUAGGAUAAUUGUCAGAUAACCUUUCCUUUAGCUCGCAUUCGAGGCCCUUUGCAUGUCUUGGGCCAUUGGUAUUCAUCUCCUCGUAUGAUCUCUGCCGUAGACCAAAGCGAAGGAGCGAAAAUGAAUUUAAAAUUGGGUGGUCACCACUGGAAAUUGUUUCCUGAUUUGUUUUUCUUUAAAAAGUUAAAUAUAAAAUUUCUCACUGAAUUUUUACCCAGCCCGUUCUUGCAGAAAAACGUGUUCUGAAUCAAUUUCAACCCCUUUGACCAUGGGGGUAACUUUUAGUUCCACUAAUUCUUUCCUAUUUCAAGGAAGUUGUUUUAUACAUUAAUUGGUGGGGUAUAAUCAGAAAGUGUUAACAGCCAACAUUCUUUAUUCCGGCGUAGGUCAAUAAAUUAUGGCGCAGUCGGAGUAGUAAUGGGACAUGAGCUGACUCAUGGAUUUGACGAUCGUGGUAAGUUUGCAACGAUAACCAAACCAGUUAUAAGGACGCAUUCAAUAACACACUUAAACGAAGACUCAAAGAUCUACAAAGGUCUAAAAUACAAAGUGAAUCGUAGCCCGCUCGCAUCCUGACGCGAUUUUUCAGACUGUUUUUUAGUCACUUUUUCAGUUCUCGUUUUCUCAGUGCCCUCCAAAACGAUGAUAAGAUAGUAAUAGAAUUCAUGUUACAUAGCUUUUGUGGGUCGAUGAAAAUCAGCAGUGCUGUAAGAGCGUAGUUAAGAAAGAAGAGAGAGGAAGCAGGCAUACCUUAUUUUUCUCCGAUGGUUUAGGGUAAAGAUUUUUGCUAAUAUUCCCGCGCAAAACAGCGAAGAGAGGACAAUAAUUUCGUGAUGACAACAUGGUAACUUUCAACGAUAAAUAGCUGAUAAUGCAAAUUUACCAUCACUCUUUUUUUCUUUAAGUACGUAACGUUAGUUCGAUUGUCUCUCGAUUUAAUCAUAUCGCAGGUCGAAUGUUCGAUGAACAUGGUAACCUGGCCAGCUGGUGGAACAACCAAUCAGUGAAAGCCUUUCAAGAACACGCCUCAUGUAUGGUGAAUCAGUAUGGCAACUUCACUGUUGCUGGAAAGAACGUAAGACUGUCAUUUUUUUUCCUAAAUUUUUCUCUGUUAUGUAGGAAAGUGUAUGAACAUUUUAAUAGAUACUUGUAUGUUGCACCUUAAAAUCUAAUUUUAUGACCUUAUCCUUUUAACUUACUGCAGGUGAAUGGGAAACAAACUCUUGGCGAGAAUAUAGCAGACAACGGAGGGCUGAAGCUUGCCUACACUGUAAGUUUAUUUCUUUUUAUUUUCUUUGAUGUUAGUUAAAGUGCAGCAGGUUACGUCUGAGCGUUAUUUCAUCAAUAAUGUUGCUUGGUCAAACACUGGAGAGUUUAUCCGGAAAAUGUUCAAAGUCGAGCUAGGUUCCAUAUGAUGCUUCGAACCUUGACUGAUUUAAAUUUUGAUGUCGAAUUGUCUUUCAAUUCUAAAAGCCACAAACAAUGAUUCAAACGAGGUCUUGCAGGUAGGGUAGUUAGGGUAGUGUAGCCUAAGCUUGCACAAAGAGCCUCCGUAAAUAUGCAAAGAAGUGUUUAUGUUGCACAGUGGACGAAAUACAAGGAUUUGUAUGGAAAUAAACGGUCGCUCUCUCAACCUACAAAUCUGAACUAGUUCUGAAUAAAAACAAACUUACCUCGCUUAAAGUGGCUAUUCCUUUGCAUCAUGUGAGUUUUCUGGGCUGAUUUGGGGCCACUUCGCUCGGUUUUACUUCAUCUGCUUUUUCCUCUAUGCAAGGAUUGGGUUGGGGUUCAUACGUAAAUGCAAAAGCUUCUUUUGCCGGAAUAUUCUUGUUACCUCACCGGUAGGCCUACCAGAACUGGGUCGCGAGAAACAGCAAAGAAUUGAACCUACCUGGCUUGGAUUUCACUUCGGAACAAUUGUUUUUCCUCGGAUUUGCUCAGGUAAAUCAAAAGUGAUUAUCUGUGUAUUACAUAAAUUGGCCACCGUUAUGAGUUUCAACGGUGGCGUUUCUAACGUUAGCCCUUCGUCAGAGCGAAUGACGAAAGGCUAACGAAGGGCCAACCUUAGCCAAUUUACAUUAGCAACUCAGUUGAUAAUAGCAAUUUACCUUGUUAUACUCUCCCACCGACACAGCACCACAGUUUCUUUAGAAAUUUACCCCCUUUUUUAAUUAAAGGCUAACUUUCGGUAUGUCUUCAUAUCAGAACUUGUUAUUUAUGAAGACUUACUUUUAAAUUGAUUAACGGAGUAGAAGUCUCAAUAUUGCAGAUUUUCGGUCACAUCACAACCUCUAGUUAUCGAGCUUUGGAAGUAAUAUUUUCACUGAUGUUGAAGUAAACUUCGCAAAUUUCGGGCUAGGCCAUAAGUGACGAUGUCACGGCGGACAAACUUCAAGCACUAACCAAAAUGAUCAUUGUCAUAAUGACAUAACGGUUAUAAUGAGUUGAACAACUCAAAGUGGAGAUUUAUGAAAGCCAUUUCUAUGAUUUAUUCAGUAAAAGCGAUCACCCUAUGCUUCAUACAGAUUCGACUGUAUGUCAAAAUCUCAGAUGUGCUUUACACAUAUGAAUGUUUAUAUAAACUUUCCGUUUUAAAUCUUCAUUCCGGCCAGGUAUGGUGUUCAGCAACUUCGGACGGGCGUGCCCAGCAUGCUUUGCUAACUGAUGUACACAGUCCUGAGAAAGUGAGGUGAGUUUAAAAGCAAAUGGGUGUCCACGGCAAUAAGUGUUUUACCUAAGAGAAUUAAUGAAAUCCCUUAACGAAACAGCAAUGCUUGAAUUAAGACUUUUGUAUCGAUUAUCACUUAAUAGGAGCAUGAUAUCGGGGUCUUUUUGAUGCUAUGGUUUACAUGAAAAUCUUCCAGCGAGUAAGAGACGAGAUAUUAAUAACGUGUGAUUAAAAGAGAAUCAGGUGGAAGGCCUACCACUGGAAUGACCCUAUUAAUCUAUUUAUGCUUCCAUCCCUCUUUGCUUAUGUAACAGUGAUACAUGCAGUUGAUUGCAAUAAAUAUUGAGAAUAAUCUAACCAUUGUGACCAUACUUUGUAGGGUUCUCGCGGCAGUUUCCAACUCAAAGGAGUUUGCAGAGGCUUUUAAUUGUCCCGUCAAUAGUUCUAUGAAUCCGAUGAACAAGUGUCAUGUCUGGUGAUGCUUUGAAAUAAAUGGCAAUCAGUCUAUGAAGUCAAAAGCAGCACAACAAUGCCCAAUUUUCCUGGGAACUUCGAUUCGCAGGCGCCGUAAGUCAAGGGUUCGACCAGUUCUUUGAGGAAGGACUUGUGGAAAAUUAACAGGUUCUUGGUUCCUACUUUCAAACAAGUGUCGCGCUCAUGGCAGUUCCGACCAUUUUCCACGAGGCCACCGAUUCUCUACAUUCUAACCCCUCUUCGGAAUCAGAGAUGCCAUUUCAACACUUGUUUUCAGACCCGGCCACUAGAAUCAAUCACCGGUUUCAGAUCUGUCGAAGUCAAGAAAAUUUUGCCUGAAACGUAUGUCUUGUUAAUUUCUCACACUAUUGACGGCAGCACAUCCCUAGAAAGCUCAUGUAGGAAAGAACCCCCCCUCAAUGAGAACUACAAGUAAAACAAGCAAAUUGCCUAAGGCGCGGGAAACGCCCGCGAUCAACUCGUGUUUUUUUUAAUUUCGCAUCUGAUUGGUUGAGAGAGUGGCGCCAGUUUUCUAGACCAAUCACAGAACGAAGUAAAGCAAAAACAAAGCAACGCCUGAUCACUUUCGAUACUCAUUUGAUAAAUUUGCAUUUUAGACUACUAAUUACAAAGUACACUUUGUGCAACGAGAUUGCUAUGGAGUCUGAAGUGUGUAGCACAUUAAGUUUCCUGUAAAAGUUGAUAUCGCUCUAAAGUUGACAAAUGUACUUUUCCUUGUUGUUUCGAUUGCAAAAUGUAAGGAAAUCCAAAUAUGACAAACGGGCAAUUCAUUUAGUAACGACUCUUGAGGUUAUGGUUUUUCAGUUUGCCCGUGCGUAAUUUAUUUUAUACUUAACAGAGCCGACAAUAUUUGCUGUAUCACUGUUACAAAACAUAGUUUGUAACACUAAUCGUAAUAUAGAGAUUUAUAUCAAUACCAAAAAAGAUUAUCAUUUAAAUGCGUGCU